GUGGGGCUGAGUCCCAGCAGGGGCUCAGCGCCACCCCGGACCCCUUUCUCCUCAGGCUCUUACUCCCUGUCAGUCCGCCUCAGCCGCCCUGCAUCCUGGGACCGAAUCAGACACUACAGGAUCCAGCGCCUUGACAAUGGCUGGCUGUACAUCUCACCGCGCCUCACCUUCCCCUCACUCCAGGCCCUGGUGGACCAUUACUCUGAGCUGGCGGAUGACAUCUGCUGCCUCCUCAAGGAGCCCUGUGUCCUGCAGAGGGCUGGCCCGUUCCCUAGCAAGGAUACACCCCUACCUGUGACUGUACAGAGGACACCACUCAACUGGAAAGAGCUGGACAGCUCCCUCCUGUUUUCUGAAGUUGCCACAGGGGAGGAGUCUCUUCUCAGUGAGGGUCUCCGGGAGUCCCUCAGCUCCUACAUCAGCCUGAAUGAGGAGGCUGUCUCUUUGGAUGAUGCCUAGGCCCAAAAGAGAGGCCGAAAGGGAAACCAAGACUGCACACCUAGAACCCCAAUUCAGCCCAGCUACCUGAGCACCCCAGAGGCAAGGCUAUGCACUCAGUGAGGGAGGGCUGGGACACAGAGGUGCAUCCAGGGUCCCACCUGUACCCUUGCUCUUUCCUUUCUUGGCCCUAAGAAGUCACCUACCUCUUCCCAGUGCCAUGAUCCCACCUGCGACCUCUAGUCCAAAUGCAGAGAAGUUGGGACCAGGGCCAGGGUUCCAAAAAGAGAGUAAGCCUCCUGGGGGUCUGACCUAGUCAGUUCUUGAGUUUGUUUCUAGUACCAUCUGGAUGCUCUGCCUGCUGAGCCCUGUUCUACAUCCCUCCGUUAACCAGGCCCCACCCACAAGGUAGAAACAACCCCUAUCUUCUGUGACAAAAUCAUUUUCGGGAAAUUUACAAGUCUCGUUAAGACCACCACCGUACCUCAGAAGAUAGGACUGUGGCCUAGAAGGGAAAGGAAAACUGAGGAGAUGAUGUCUUACCGUAGCAGCAGAUCAUAGGUGCUCCAGCCUCUACGUGACCUCCAGAGCAAAGAGAAAGACUUCUGACAGUCUAAGUCCUCAAAUGUCCCCCAUUGAGGACAACAGCCCCAGCUUUUUUUUCCUGAGACGGAGUCUUGCUCUGUUGCCCAGGCUGGAGUGCAAUGGCGCGAUCUCAGCUCACUGCAACCUCCGUCUCCUGGAUUCAUACGAUUCUCCUGCCUCAGCCUCCAGAGUAGCUGGGAUUACAGGUGCACACCACGCCUGGCUAAUUUUUUUCUAUUUUUAAUAGAGAUGGGGUUUCACCAUGUUGUCCAGGCUGGUUUCGAACUCCUGACCUCAGGUGAUCCACCCGCCUCUGCCUCCCAAAGUGCUGGGAUUACAGGUGUAAGCGACCGCACCCAGCCUAGCUUUCAGAUCUCUAUUUCAUUUUGUGGCUUACCAUUCCCUAGCACACUGGCCUUGCCAUCUUGUGGCCAAAUACAAAAUAACAUCUCUUAAGUCUAGCACACUGCAGUGAGGCCAGGCACCUCAGUGCUGGGCAAGGGCAUCAGAAGGUGCUAAGCCCUCUCUCCACAAUGCCAAGACUGAGGUCACAGCCUACACCAAAUCCAGCACUUGAUUUCCCUGCUGCCCCCAUAAAGAGAAAGAGGUCUGCUAGAUCUGCUAAGGGAGCAUGGAGAGGAAGAAAGAGGGAUAGGGGUGGGAGGUACCACCUCGAAUGUUCCUACUGGGUUCCCAAGCUACAGGUGGGGGGGAAAGGCUUUAUCAGGUAUCAUCAACAGGUUCUCAAUUAAAGAUUUGAUUUAUUCAAGUAUCUGAAAACAUUCUACAAUGGAAACUGUUAUUAGAUGCUGCCUGUACUAUGAUAUGGACACAUACAGCCAUGCUGUUUCAGAAGACUUUAAAUGCCACUGAUAGUUUAAAAACUGUACACCUGAUGGAGAAUCGAGGAAGACAAUUUAAUGUUUCAUCUGAAUCCAGAGGUGCAUCAAAUUAAAUGACAGCUCCACUUGGCAAACAGCUGUUACUUGAUGGUAUCCAAGAAGAAAUGGUUGGUGACGGAUAAAUUCAGAAAUGCUUCUCCAAAGGUGGGU